GCUGGAGUAGAUAGAGGGAGAGAGAGGAGUGUUGUGGAUGUAAUCGCCUGCCUCGCUGACUUACUGACUGUGUGUGUGACAGGGAAGCGAUCGGGGAGAACGUGUGGAUACUACUCCACGGGGCUGGAUGUGCUCGGCAUCACGCACGGAGAACACGGAACCGUAACAAAGGUAGAGAGUGUGGCGGGACGCAAACUGCUGACUGAACUGCGGGCAGAGCGCGGAGGAGAACGUAGAAAAGACAGAGCACACUAGACCUGACCGACCACCGCGCUCAUGGCCAGCAAUAACACGGCCAGCAUCGCACAAGCCAGGAAGCUGGUGGAGCAGCUGAAGAUGGAGGCCAACAUCGACAGGAUAAAGGUGUCUAAAGCAGCGGCGGACUUGAUGUCGUACUGUGAAGCUCACGCCAAAGAGGACCCCCUGCUGUCGCCGGUCCCAGCGUCAGAGAACCCGUUCAGGGAGAAGAAGUUCUUCUGUGCCAUCCUGUAAACUUCGGCAUGGCCCUUCAGCAGCCUGCUCGGUGUGACACUUUGAACGUGGACGUUCAAAAUACGUAGAAAUCUUCUAGUAGGAGGGCUCGGCGAUUAUUGCCCCCUCUGUCGAAUGGCACCUAAAGAGUGCACCAAUUAAAAACCAGAGUUAACAUGUAACCAUUAAAGGGGCUGUGAUUGCUUUUUGUGAGGGGUGUGCGGCAUGUUGAAGGGGCUUUUAGACGACACUAAAGGGAUGAUGAUGAUGAUGAUGAUGAUGAUGAUGAUGAUGAUGAUGAUGAUGAUGAUGAUGUGGAGUGUGAUGAUGAUAACCACCCAGAGAACUGAUGGACAACCAGUCAACUUACCAGGUCUUCAGGUUGUGAUGUGUACAAACAAACAAAAAAAAAAUAGAUAAAUAAAAAAUAUUUUGUGGUUCUUUUGGGACUUCCAGAUGUUCUGUUAGAUGGUUUGUUGGUGGCUCGAGCAUCGUAGGACAGCAGACAAAACUACGCCUACCACUAGACGCCACCUGGUUAUUGGAAUGUUUUUUAAGUUGUUGUUUAUUUUGUGUUUAUUCCGACUUUACCUAGAUAUCUUUCUAUAACUGUAUGUGAAGUCUCUCUCUCUUUUUUUUUUUUUUUUUUACACCAACAGGUUAGUGGAAGCUUUUUUAUUGGGAUGUUUGAAACAUUCGACUCUGUGACUCUAUUUACACCUUUACCUUUCUGAAAAUCAGUCUCUGUGUAUCGACAUCUUAUCUGGCAAAUGUGAUGCAGUUUGUCUCCUUCAGAUACAAACCCUCUUUCUACUCUUUGUAUAAAAUGACUAGCAAGUAAACUGUGCUGUGCUGUGA